AUGGCCUCUAUGCUGGCUGCAAACUGUAGCGUCGCUUUCUCAACAACUGAAGAUGGAUGUGGCCAAACAGUUGCGAAUCUGAUGGCUUGGUCGGUUCCCAUCACAUCUGUGGUUCUUGCGGUGGAGCUAGCAGGUGGUGCUAGCUACGAGGCCACUUUACCACUCAUCACGGGAAUUGGCGUGGCACUUUACGUCUCGGCAGUGCUCCUCCCGGCGCUCCUGGAUGGCCUGGACCGCAAUGCGGCUCUGAGCAGGCGAGCUGGUGCAAUCACAUACAGGGUUUCCCAAAACUAG